UCAAGUCGCAGAUAUACAGAAAUGCACAAAAGGGUAUGAACUAAGCAAGGGUGCAGUGGAGCUACUCGACCAGUGGACUUCAACUCCACUACGACGUCACAGCAUGGAUAGGACAGCACUAGCCGGAGAAUUUCUUACUUUCUACAACCAUUCUACAUGUGACGCAUCAACGAUAUUUCAAUAACAUUCAAUUCAACAACGCGCCUGGCCGAAACAUAAGAAUUCAAACCAACCCGGAGCACAAAAUACCCGCCAUGGCAUCAGGCACUGACCUCGCGACUCAUCUCCAAAACCUUAUACCAGACUCGUACGCCCAGCUCCGCGACUCUGUCCUGCCAUCCCUCUUAAAGUCAGUGCACACUAUAGCCGGCCAUCUGCGCACUUCACCCAGUGUAACCCAAGUCGGCACCGCCAAUGCAUUCGGUGACGAUCAACUCAACGUCGACGUGCUCGCCGAGGACGCCAUCCGCCAAGCCAUCAAAGACUGCCCCAGCAUAGUCACCGCCAGCAGCGAGGAAGACCCAAUCGAGAAAUCCUCAGAAAGCCGCAGUUCGGAAACCAGCGAACAAUACACACUAGCCUUCGAUCCGCUCGACGGCUCCUCUAUCAUCGCCCCAAACUGGAGCGUAGGCGCCAUCCUCGGCAUCUGGACCGGACCCUCAGCCCUGCACUCCAACCCAUCCACCCAGCAAAUCGCCUCAAUCCUCGGUGUCUUGGGUCCUCGCACCACAGCCAUCAUCGCUAUCCGCAUCCCCGGUCAUCCACCUACCUGCUUUGAAGUUGGAUAUUCCUCAUCGGGAUCCAUUCAAGUAAUCCGGCCAACCGUACAAUUGGCUUCCCCUUCAGAUACGAAAACCCGGUACUUCGCCCCCGCCAACCUACGCGCCGCGGCCGAUGACGCGAAAUACAUGAGUCUCAUCACGAAUUUCAUACAGCGAAAAUACACCCUGCGCUACAGCGGCGGUUUAGUACCGGAUAUCGUGCACGCCCUCGUCAAGGGCCACGGUAUCUACAUCUCCCCCGUAACACCGCAGAGCAAAGCUAAACUCCGCCGGCUCUACGAACUCACCCCCAUUGCUCUGAUCAUCGAGUGUGCAGGUGGCGCGGCACUGGAUUCCGCAACGGGGAAACGCGUACUGGAUGUUGCGGUGGCGGAUACGGAUGAGCGGGGGGGCUUAAUAUGUGGGAGUCUGGAGGAGGUGGAGGAGGUACGGAGGGCACUGUUAGAAUAAACAUUUGCAUACACACCGGUGUAGACUAGCUAGCUGUCUGGA